AUCCAUUUAAGGUCGUCAAAUUGACUUCGAUCAAUAAAAAUCAAAAAAUAAAAAUAAAUUAUUUAGAUCCAAAAAUUUUGUUUAUGACUUUGUUCCCAAAGUCGUCCGGUGGCAAUACUACCCGUAUUUACAUUUGACAAAAAUUUUUAUCAAGCCACAAAAAAAUAAAAAUAAAAAAACAGGAAUUCCCUUCAUGAUUAGAAUUAUUUUGUUGCAGAUUGUAUUUUUUCAAGAACUCCAUUCGAGUCGACUGAUCUAGUCAGACAAACUUGGCGUAUCUAACUGGUAGGCUAUAGCUGUCGCAAGCACAAUUCAAGUGGGUGGAACGUCAAAAGAAAACAACCGUCUUUCUAUAUAUUUAGACUACCAGGACCAGGUGGGGUCUUAUUUCUAGACGUGAUCUCCUCCAUUGAGCACACCCGCUCCCAGCUCCACAACCAUAUCCACUGAACCUAUAUACUGUCAUGAAAUUCACAGCUGCUGUUUGUCUGAUCGCUUUGCUAGCAGUGACAGUUUCUGUCACCGCAGCACCUAUUGACGAUUCAAAGAGUGCGGUGAUCAAUGAAUAUGACAAUGACAACAUCGGUGUGGAUGGAUACAAGUUCUCUUUUCUUACCAGCGAUGGAACAUCACGGAAGGAAACCGCCAUUUUGAAGAAUAUCGGCACCGACGAAGAAUCGAUUUCGGUUGAGGGAUCUGUUAGUUGGGUUGCGGCUAAUGGACAGGUUUAUAAACUAACCUAUAAAGCCGAUGAGAAUGGUUACCAACCGGAAGGCGACCAUUUGCCUAAAUUGGACGACUGAGUAAAAUAGACAAAACAAAAUAAAUGGGACUGUAGACUGUGGUGUGUUUUUGUGUGAAGAUUAAUAAAUGUUGAUCAAAAAUUGUUGAAAAA